AUGUCGAAUACGCCCCUCCGACUCUUCUCCCUCGAUGACGGUUAUCCCACCGCCAUCAGCCAACUAGUCAUCCUGCUGGGAUUGAUGCGCUCGAUCCAGAUACAAAACGCCCUUCCGAGUCCACUGAGUCCGCACGAGGUCUUUGAUCUCAUCGGUGCAACGGGCCACGGGGAGCUCAAUGCCCUCCUAGAUCUUGCCAGGAAGGUCUCCAAGAAGCGGAAACUACAGGAGCCUCCGGGAACAGGCAGCGAGCAUCUUCGCGGCAGAUUGACUUGUCUCGUGCAUCGUCAGCAUUGGUUCUGGAAAGCGCUGAUUCUAGAACUCCCACGGCCUGGGUUCUUCCAGCGUCUACUUCCCACAAAGAUCCUGUCGGUCUUGGAAGCGUUGGCGUGUGAUGCAGAACAGACAGCCAACGAGAUGGAUCGGAGGCUUGACCAUCCGCCUGAUCUGUAUAUCCGGUUCAAUGUGGGAGAGAGAUUCGCUGGGAUCGGUCCGGAUGAAUGGAAACAAAUGAGCAGGGUCGAGGCAACUACGAUGGAUUAUCUAGGGAGUCUGCCUGCAAGGGCUGGUAUCCUGAGCGCUGCAUCUUCAUUAUCUAGCGAUGUUGGAAUAUGCACAGCUUCUAAUCUACCUACAUAG